UUUGUGGCCCGUUAGUCUUCUUGGUGGUUGUGUGGUUGUCAGGGACCAUCAAAGGCAUUGGCAUCCCUUCUCAUUUAACACCAUCUGUUAAACGGCACCGUGCAAACCAAAGUCGCCGCAGAUAUACAGUAUAUUUGCAGAUAUUCUCGUCGACCGAGCGCCCUGCGGAGCAUCCAUUCAUCCUUUCAUUGGCAGGUUUUCUCGUCGCGCUAGCUCACGUUAGCCCAAAGGCAGAAGGCUGUGUCACACCGAGCUUCAAAAUGUCCGGUUACCAAGGAAAGAAGAACAUCCCCCGCAUUACAAGUGACCGCCUCCUCAUCAAAGGAGCAAAGAUAGUGAACGAUGAUCAGUCUUUCUUGGCUGAUAUCUACAUGGAGGAUGGAGUCAUCAAGCAAAUAGGAGACAAUCUCAUCGUUCCUGGGGGAGUUAAGAUCAUAGAGGCACACGGGGGAAUGGUGAUGCCUGGGGGCAUCGAUGUGCACACCCGAUUCCAGAUGCCCGACCGGGGCAUGGUGGCAGCAGACGACUUCUACCAGGGCACUCGGGCGGCCCUGGCCGGGGGCACAACCAUGAUCAUUGACCAUGUGGUGCCAGAACCUGGUUCUAGCCUGGUUGCUGCUUUCAAACAGUGGAGAGAGUGGGCCGAUAGCAAGUCCUGCUGCGACUACUCUCUUCAUGUGGACAUCACCGAGUGGAACAGGGGCACUCAGGAGGAGAUGGAGACGCUUGUGAAGGAUCAUGGUGUCAACUCUUUCCUGGUCUAUUUGGCUUAUAAGGAUAUUUUCCAGCUUUCUGACUCUGAGAUCUAUGAGGUGUUCAGUGUCAUCAGGGAUCUUGGAGCCAUUGCACAGGUGCAUGCUGAGAACGGGGACAUCAUUGCGGAGGAGCAAAGGCGCAUAUUAGAGCUGGGGAUCACUGGUCCUGAAGGUCAUGUGCUCAGCCGUCCAGAAGAGGUGGAGGCUGAGGCGGUCAAUCGCUCUGUCACUGUAGCCAAUCAGACCAACUGUCCCCUGUACAUCACCAAGGUGAUGAGCAAAAGUGCUGCUGACGUCAUUGCUCUCUCCAGGAAAAAGGGUGCUGUUGUCUACGGAGAGCCCAUAUCUGCCAGCUUGGGCACAGACGGUACUCAUUACUGGAGUAAGAAUUGGGCCAAGGCAGCAACCUUUGUCACCUCUCCACCUCUGAGUCCUGAUCCCACCACUCCAGACCACCUCAGCUCUCUGCUGUCAUGUGGGGAUUUGCAGGUGACUGGUAGUGCUCACUGCACUUUCAGCACUUCUCAGCGUGCUGUAGGCAAAGACAACUUCACCAUGAUCCCAGAGGGCACCAAUGGCACUGAGGAGAGGAUGUCCAUAAUCUGGGACAAAUGCGUGGUUACUGGGAAAAUGGAUGAGAACCAGUAUGUGGCAGUGACCAGCACAAAUGCAGCCAAGAUCUUCAACUUGUACCCCCGCAAAGGCCGUAUUGCUGUGGGAUCAGAUGCUGACCUUGUGUUAUGGGACCCAGAUAUGAAUAAGAUCAUCUCUGCAAAGAAUCACAACCUGGCUGUUGAGUAUAACAUCUUUGAGGGGACCGAAGUACGCGGAGGUCCUCAGGUGGUGAUCAGCCAGGGAAAGAUUGUGCUGGAAGAGGGCAGCCUUCACACCACUGAGGGAUGUGGGCGCUACAUCAGCCGUAAGCCCUUCCCCGACCAAGUGUACAAGAGGAUAAAGGCGCGCAGCAGGCUGACAGAGCUGCGAGGAGUACCCAGGGGCCAGUACGAUGGGCCAGUGUGUGAGGUGACUGUGACUCCCAAGGUGAUGUCCACGGUGUCCUCAGUGAAGACGUCCCCUGCCAAGCAGCAGCAGCAGCAGCAACAGCAGCAGCUACUUACUCAGCAGCCUGUGCGCAACCUUCACCAAUCAGGCUUCAGUCUGUCUGGUGCCCAGGUUGAUGACAACAUUCCUCGUCGCAACACUCAACGCAUUGUGGCGCCCCCUGGUGGAAAAGCAAAUAUCACCAGCCUUGGCUAAGCCACUUCCUCCACUGAGCUGGGGUGCAGGGUGGCACGGCACCAGAGGCCAUAGUUACCAAUGUUUCAUCACAUCCAUCAUGACCUCUGACUUCCCCUGCACCUCCAUCUGUCCAUUCACACACCACCAUCACGUCACCUUAUUCCAGAAAUACAAAAGCACUAUUCCUUGUUUCACCUUUCCUGCCAUAUUCCCGUAUUGAGGAAGGAUCAAGUGAAUUCAAGCCACUUUUUCUCUGGUUUUGACAUCAUUUUCUCUGAUUUUAGUAAUUUAUAAAUUUGUUUGUUUACACCUUAUUGUAUAAUUUUUGCAAUACAUGUUUAAACUGUGAAUUUGCCCUGUGUCGGAAAGCUGGAAAAUGAGUAAACAGAGGAUGGAGUUCCCUGAUAUUUAGCGGUAGUGGUUGUUUACAUGUAUACUUUUUGCUUAUGUCCCAGGUAUUUUGUUUUAUUGCCACCUUCAGUUGAAAGUAGAUCUCUUGCUGGUGAACUCCUACAGGGCUGUAUUAACACAAACAACACAACAUUGUUGAUGUAGAAACGUCAUAAUACUCUCCAUAAAAGAUUACACCAAAAUAUUAUUUCAGACUCUCUUAACACCUUUUACUUUUAUUUGAGUUUUGUUUUUGUAACAGUAUUCAGAUGAGCAAUUCACCCAUGUCUUUUUUGUGUUAUAGCUGUUAUUCCUUCUUUUUUAUAUUUAAUUGAUGUUUUAUCUUUAAUGAAAUCAUUUAAAAAAUGUUAACUGCACUGAAAGGGAAAAAGAGGGUACUUUGGGGUUAAACUGCUCAUUCAGAGCUUAGUUUGCCCUGACACUGAGGGAUAGAAAUGGCUGACUCUUGACAUUUUGUUGGAGAAAUUUGAAACUUUUCCCUUGUUUCAUCAUCGUGUUUUUCCCCCCGUGUUUUUUGAAAGGUUGUCAAGACAACAGGCCUUCACUAAUCAGACUGGCGUAUGUCAUUCUGGAAACACGUGGAUGCCACGAUGAAAUUCAAUAGAAGGUUUUGCCGACAACCUCUCUGCACCUGGUGCUAUAUGAGCUUUCCUUUUUAUGAGCAGAUGAUGUCGACACCCACGCUGCAGCCAUGGAAGCUUUGUAAUAAUAGCAGCCAGGCAAGAGUCACCAUUUACCAACUUUUGACAUAAAUUGUUUUGCACCUGUAACAAAUCAAAUGGUAAAUGUAUAUGUGCGCUUGCAACUUUUUGUUUGUAUGUUUUAGGGCAUGUGUUGAAUUGAGUGACUUUCCUGCCUGUUCUGUAAGAAAUUGAAAGCACACUGUAUCUAUGAAGGCUCUCUAAAGAAGUGAAACAAUGAUUUUUUUUUUUGGAGACCUGAUGAAAAAUGCUUCUGUAUGUAUAUGAAAUCCCUCACAGUGUGCCGAUGGUGUGUUCACUGUUCUUGGUGUUAGUGUUGUGAAUGAAGUACUAUAGAUACUGUAUAUUGUUUCCUCUACUUGCCCAAAUUCACAAUCACCAGAGUCACUUAAGGUAGUAACUGCUCAGCAAAAACCACUACAGGUUGUCAGUCAUGCAGAUCUGUGCAGCCACACAGCCAAACACUGGAUUAUUUCUUCCUCAUUGCCUUGUCAAGUGUAGGUUUUUGUAUGCAAAGGUAUAAUGUGAAGUGAUUUACAUUCGGGGAACAUUCUAGAAAAUGGUUAUUGAGUUGUAAUGUUGAGCUCUGUCGUUUGCCCUCUUCCACCUGGUGUGAAACUCUUGCUCAUGUAUGUUUUGGGGGGUAAUCAUGACCCUGUCAGCAUUUGAGCUCUGUGUUGACUUAAGUGGAUUACAAUAAUAAAAAAUCAAAAUAAA